AGCAAUGACGAAGACGGUCAGCAUGGUGGAAUCACAUAUAUUGCGUAUGAUCUGGCUUGGCUUAUGCAUAGCAUUAUGCGAAUCAACAUUCAAUUUUGCCAAUACUUACUCGGACCACAUGGUUUUACAAAAAGGAUCACGUGGUUCGAUUGUAUGGGGGAAAUCCUCAAAGCUUGGAGACACAGUCCAUGUUUCUCUAAAUGGUCACGAGGUUGCCCAUAGCAACGUAACACAUGAUGCAUAUGGAGGACUGAUUUGGAUGGUAAAAAUAGUUAUGACGUCACAUUACUACGGUCCCUACAACCUAACAGCUAGGUCAAGUCUAGGGGAGAUAACUGUAUAUGACGUGAUGUUUGGUGACGUAUGGUUAUGUUCCGGCCAAAGCAACAUGGAAUUCACUCUAAGUAAGCUUAUGAACAGUACGGCAGAAUAUGCGGACGCUUCCCAGUACCAAGACGUUCGGGUGUUCAGAGCCAACCAUUUUCCUUCUUCGAACAGUCUGGAGGAUUUCCAUCUACAUAACAUCGCACGAUGGGCAAAACCUUCACAAUCUACUCUUACGAGAUUUUCCGCUGUGUGUUGGCUGUUUGGAAAGCGUUUGUCGUCACAAUUUGGCUAUCCAAUAGGACUGAUAGAAUCCAACUUCGGUGGAACGAAAAUUGAGCUGUGGUCUUCUCCAGAUGCACUGAGUCAAUGUUCGGAUUCCAAAAGAGCGAAUCAUAUUGCCGACUCUGGACUAUGGAAUGGUAUGAUCAGUCCUUUACUGAGGAACACCAUAUAUGGAACUAUUUGGUACCAAGGCGAGUCUAAUACUCCAAACCCGGGUAAAUACGCUUGUCAAUUCCCCGCCAUGAUCAGUGACUGGAGGCAGAAGUUUAGCGCCGCAUCUCUCCAAACGACCUCUCCACACUUCCCGUUCGGAUUCGUACAGCUUGCAGGAAAUCACAACGGUACCAACGGUACGUAUUUUGCAUGGAUGAGAUGGACUCAGACUGCUGCGUACGGUAAAGUUCCAAACGCCAAGAUGCCAAACACAUUUAUGGCAGUAGCUAUGGAUUUGCCGGACUUUGAAUCCCCUUACGGAACGAUACAUCCGAGGUACAAACAUGACGUGGCUUCCCGUCUGGCCCUUUCUGCUCUCGGCGUGGCAUACCACAAAUCAGGACUGGAGUACCAGGGGCCGUAUCCAUCUAAUUAUCACGUGACUGGUCAUUCCCUUAAUAUAGAAUAUGACAAUGGAAGAACGCCUAUCAGAGUGAAUAUUAACGCAAGUAACUUCGAGGUAUGCUGUUCGUAUCGUGAAUGCAAUGUGAAUUACGGUGUAUGGUUACCAGCUCCUGUUACGUCACAUGACAUAUCGUCCGUCACGCUUGGUACAACUCCAUGUGGUCCCGUGCCAUUGUCCGCCGUACGAUACGCAUGGAGGGAGAGUCCAUGUCCUUUUAAGGAAUGUGCCGUCUAUGGUAGGGACACCGACCUUCCGGGACCACCGUUCUACCACAGUUUUCAUUAAUUGUUUGAUAAAAUAAAUACUGUAUAUUCCCA